AUUUCACUUUCCCUUCAGUGUGGAAGCUUAACUUUAAUUCAUUCGAUAAAUUGAUUAUUUUUUUUUUACCCCCGUUCCUUAAAAUCAAUAAUUUACAAAACAAAAAGAGAUGCGUUCUUUACAGUAAAAUAAUCCCUGAAUGUUUGGAAAAAUCACGUGACUUUCAAUGACUAUACAGCAGCAGUCUGUGAAUCUAAUCAAUAUACGGUGUAUACAAUACUUGCUUGUACUGGGUGUAGAUCAGUAGGGAGGAGAUGGAUUUACUACUAUGUUUUCCCAAUAUGAAACACCGAUAACUUGUUCAGAGCUACAACUUGAGAACAUCUGAAUUUCAAACGUCAACGCAGAUUCUGGUGGCUGCAGUCCUUGGUGUUUCAAAAUGAGCCAAACGAGUGAAUUAUUGUCGGAUGACGAUACGGCCAGUGGAGUGACUUUUUCGGAUAAGGACAUGGAACGUGGAAAGUUUGAAAGACAGCACACGGAAAUGUCCGAAUUAUCAGACGAUAGUUUUUUGACUUAUCAACCACUCAUUCCAAAUGAUAACCGCCAGGAUGCGGCACUUGAUGAAAACCAAGUGGUUAAUAAUGGAGAAAUUCAGUGCAGUUGUGAUAGUUGCCGCGAGGAGUCCCUUCAAACGAUGUAUGAAAACCAACAAAUGAUUGCAGAUGAUGGAGAGUGCAUGUGUGAUAAUUGUGUAAAAUCUAGACAAUAUAUUAGAUAUCAUAGAAACCAAGGUCAUUGGCAAACACAAGGUCACUGGACUGGUAUCAGUAUUUCUGAUGACGACAUAGAAAUCAUCACAGAUUCAGAUUACUAUCACGAUAAAAACGUCUUCUAUAUUGACCCUUCAGUUGCUAGAAGUUUAUUGAGUGAAUUUUUAGUGAGAGAAAAUCCACAAAGAGCCAAUUUGCAAAUUCACGUGGACUCUCGAACCAAACGACAGAAGUUUGUGGCGCGUGCUGUGAUGAUCGUUUCCAUGACGAUGUUUACGGUCAGUGCCCUCCUUGUGAUGGUCUCCCUCAUUAUGUCCGACAAGAUUGAUGAUCUCGUGAGAGGAAACAACAAUCUCCUACAGAAGCACGUGCUUCCGAGCACCCCGGCCUCAGCUGAGGUUAACCUUACUGACGUCAUUACCAACCUCACGGCGGGACACGGAUGACGAACGUCGACAGAGGACCAACACAAAUUUUAACAUUCCAGUGCACUGCAAUGCAUUCCAGUUGUUUAAAGUAACAUGCAUGGAGAUCUAGAGCUCUUUGCUUGAGUCUUCAUUUCCGACUCUGAGGUAAUUUGACGGUACGUGCAUUGGGCCAACAUGUAUGUGGCAGAAGGAUAUUAUUUACCCAAAACAUGAUGUAACACUGUGAAUGAUUUUUUUUUUCACUUUGAGAAUCGGAAUGAGAACGUACAGGCAAGUCAUCGGAAGACUCCACAGUUUUGAUCGUGGAGUAACAUUGUAGAAAUAUUGAAAUACCAUCACACUGAUUAGAAAGCAGCUUGUAAUCGGCAUACGAAUAUGAUUACUUUUCAUACAUUUUUGAGAUUAGUCAGUAUAGAGUAUCAACUUUUAUUUACUUUUAUUACACCAAUUUGUCUGAACUGCAUCAAUCAUCGAUGUACUUCGUUAUAUGUUGACUUUGCUGUUGAGUAUGACAAAUUCAUAUGACUGAGAGCGAAUAAUCUCAAUUGUCCAUCAUUAAGCACGACAUUGUUUGUUAUGAACUUAAUUUUUGUUUGAAUAAAAAAAAUAAGCAAACUAUAGUUUCUUUUGAUGCAGUUUUUGUUCAAGUAGUACAUGUGUAGUUUUGUUUGUUUUGACAACGAAUUACUGACUCUUGCUUUGCAUACAGUGUAUUUUAUGUACAGAAUCAAUAAAUUUUUGUAUGUAUCGAUGGACAACUUUAUACAGAGUAGCACUAUUCACUCCUUUUUUUAUUUGUAGAAUUUUUAAGAUAUUAAAUUUCAAGUGUGAUAUAUGAUUGCAUGGUACAUGUUUUAUACCCCCUUUGUACAUGUGGUUGAUUUUUCAUCGAUCUCAAUUUUAAAAUGACAAAACUUUUAUCCACCGUCUUACUAAGGGGUGCUAUAAGAAUUUGAUCCUUUUUUGCAAAAGUAGAAGCUUUCAUGGCGAGUUUCCUUUUGAGCAUUUUUAAUUACAUUUUUAUUACAUUGGAUUUUUGAUCUAUUGUGUAAAAACGCAGGUAAGCAUUUAUUAAAAUUACAUUUUUGACUUGCCGACAUGGGAUAAAGGAUACCAUAAAGAAUUAUCAGUUAUGAAAAAUUCAAUAUUUCUGAUUGAAUUAUUGGAAUGAACUUAUAUUUAUUAAUUUAAAGAAAGGAAACGGAUGGAAGAGAAAUUUUGUGAAUGGAUCGAUUAAAAAAAGUCAAGACAUCAGAUUCAUUAUUUCACGUUAUUAUCUGGCUAGAAUUGCAAGCUAACAAAUUAUCAAACUAAUUUCGACAAAUUUUAUGAGGAAAAAGGACUAUUACUAAGAGGUAAAUGUACAGAACUCAUUGAAUUCUCUAUUGUAUUAGUUCUGUAUUAGUUAACACUUAUAGCUCUCAUAAUUAGAUUUGGAUCCACUUCAAGAUUAAUCGAUUUCUUUUGAAAUUCCUAUACGAGCAUUGUUGUUUUAAAGCUUUUUAUAUUUUGUAUUUUCUUCUUUCAGUUUUUGAUAUUCCCUCAAAAUAUCCAGGCUUAAUUGAUGUGGUUCUUAUUUAAACAUCAAAGUAGAAAGAAUAGAAAAAAAAGUUUUAAAGAUGCGUAAUGGGGAGCUUUUCAUAAUUAUUAUUUUUGGACAAAGUUGUAAAGAUAAAAGGAUUAUGAAUGUGUUUGUAUGUAUAAAUUGACUUUUAUUCCCUAAAAGUAUCUCUUUUGUUCCAACAGAAAAAAUAUCCGGAAAAGAUUCAAAUACAGCUUCAAAAUAUUGCCCAGUAGAAACUUUCAACAAUCAUCAAUUUCAUGAAAAUUUUACUGAUUCUACUGUUAUGCGAUCUUGGAUGUGCUUGAAGAUGAUGUUUGCAAUCAAUUCUCUAACAAUAAAUAUGAUAUUCUUUUA